GAUAGCAGAUACCAGAGAGGUCAGAGAAACACAGAUUGCGAAAGAUGUCGGUCCAUUGUCUAUCGUCUUUGGGUCGCUGUAGCAAUGUGGCAUUCCGUUCUUCCAGUGGAAUGGUGGCGGUUCGGUACGCCCAGACAGCGGCGGCCACAGCACCCCAGCCCAGAGUCAAGAAGUUCCAAGUGUACCGCUGGGACCCAGACACGGUGGGGGACAAGCCCCGCAUGCAGACCUUUGAGAUUGAUCUCAACACCUGUGGCCCCAUGGUAUUGGACGCCCUCAUCAAGAUAAAGAAUGAGAUGGACGGCACUCUGACCUUCCGUCGCUCCUGCAGAGAGGGUAUCUGUGGAUCCUGUGCAAUGAACAUCAAUGGAGGCAACACACUGGCCUGUCUGAACAAGAUUGACACCAACACCAGCAAGGCUACCAAGAUCUACCCUCUGCCACACAUGUAUGUGGUCAAAGAUCUGGUCCCUGACAUGAGUAAUUUCUAUGCUCAGUACAAGUCGAUCGAGCCCUACCUGAAGAAGAAGGAUGAGACAAAUGAGGGAAAGGAACAGUACCAUCAGACUGUGGAGGACAGACAAAAACUGGACGGGCUGUAUGAAUGUAUCCUGUGUGCGUGCUGCAGCACCAGCUGCCCCAGCUACUGGUGGAAUGGAGACAAGUACCUGGGACCUGCUGUCCUUAUGCAGGCCUACCGUUGGAUGAUCGACUCGAGAGACGAGUUCACAGAGGAGCGUCUCUCCAAGCUGCAGGAUCCUUUUUCUCUCUACCGCUGUCACACCAUCAUGAACUGCACUAAGACCUGCCCCAAGGGCCUGAACCCAGGGAAGGCGAUUGCAGAGAUUAAGAAGAUGAUGGCCACUUACAAGGAGAAGAAAUCAGCUGUUGCUUGAACUCUGGGGUCAUGACCUUUGACCCCCCCCCCCCCCUUAAAUUAAUCUACAAUUAAGAUGCCCUACCAGUGAGGUCUUCUGGGCUUGCACACCUGUGAACUACACCAACUCCACACUCCAGCACUACAUUGGACUCCAAGGGAACGGUUGGGAGGGAGAGAUGUGAGACAUGACCUGCUAACUUCACUAGAAUGAUGGUGCUUUCCUUGGUUCAUUCCCAUUGUUUGGUCUGGUGUGGGUGGGUUUGAGUUCAGAGGGUGAUGGAUUCACACACAAGAAAUAUGUAUGUGAUCCCUUGCUCGUCCAUCAUAACUAUAUACAGUUGAAGUCGGAAGUUAACAUACACCUUAGUCAAAUACAUUUAAACUCAGUUUUUCACAAUUCCUGACAUUUAAUCCUAGUAAAAAUUCCCU